CUCACGAUCGCCAUUCAGAUUCGCGACGUACCUAGGCAUCGACUUCGAGCCUAAAGUUUCACAAAUCGGGUUUUGUCGCGAUGAAUCUCGCACCAAUUAUAAGUGACAAUGGGAGCGGGUAUUCGAAGAUUGGUUUCGCAGGCAACUCCGAUCCUUCCUUCGUUUUUCCUACGGCGAUCGCUACACGUGAAGCUGCGGCUGGUUCUGCUUCAGCUCGAGGAGCCGGGCCCAUCCCUCCUCGCGCGUCUAACAUUGCCUCCCGAAGAGGCAUAGAAGAUUUGGACUUCUACAUCGGCGACGAAGCUAUAGCCAACUCUAAAACAUACGGCGUGCAUUAUCCCAUUCGGCAUGGCAUGAUUGAGAAUUGGGAUCACAUGGAGAGAUACUGGGAACAAAGUAUAUUUAAAUAUUUACGUGCUGAGCCUGAAGACCACUACUUUUUAUUGACCGAACCCCCACUGAAUCCUCCCGAAAACCGCGAACAGACCGCCGAAAUUUUCUUUGAAUCAUUCAACUGCAAAGGGUUGUACAUAGCAGUGCAAGCUGUUCUUGCUUUAGCAGCGUCAUGGACUUCAAAAGACGUGACAGAUCGUACACUGACUGGCACCGUAAUCGAUUCAGGAGACGGGGUCACUCAUGUCAUACCUUGUGCGGAAGGCUAUGUCAUUGGCUCCGCCAUCAAACACAUCCCCGUCGCCGGCAGAGACAUCACAACUUUCGUUCAGGGUCUGCUCCGAGAACGAGGGGAGACGGUCAAUAUUCCUCCUGAAGACCAGCUCAAAGUCGCGCAAAAGGUCAAAGAAAGUUACUCUUACGUUUGCCAAGACAUCGUGAAGGAGUUCCGGAAGUACGACGCAGAUCCAUACCGAUACUUCCAGCGAUAUGAUGGGGAGCACAGCGUCACUGGGAGGAAAUACUCGAUCGACAUUGGCUACGAGCGAUUCCUGGCUCCCGAGAUCUUCUUUAACCCCGAAAUCUACUCGAGUGAUUUCCUUACUCCCUUGCCUCACGUGGUGGAUGAUGUGAUUCAAGCCUCACCCAUCGACGUGCGGCGCGGACUCUACAAGAGCAUCGUUCUGUCUGGCGGUUCAACAAUGUUCAAGGAUUUUGGAAGACGAUUACAGCAAGAUAUAAGGAUAUUGGUUGACCAGCGUAUCCAGGCGAGCGAGAGGGCAUCUGGAUCACUUGUAAAGUCGACGGGUGUUGAAGUUAACGUUAUUUCUCACAAACGACAACGCUAUGCUGUGUGGUACGGAGGAUCGCUGUUGGCAUCGUUGUCCGACUUCUACUCGUAUUGUCACACAAAAGCAGAUUACGACGAAGUGGGACCCAGCAUUUGUAGACGCUACGCCAUUUUUGGGUCUGUCAACUAGGCCAGCAGUUGAAGCACGGGAUUGUAAUU